AUCUACUAGGUAAAAGCGGGGCCUUCCGACUAUCGCAAUUGAGAUAAUGAUCCUCUACACGGUGACUGUACUUAUUGAAUUGCUCCAAGAAGAACUCCAAUUCACUGACGAGGCCAGGCACCACAAUUGAAUCACAUACAGAGUACAGUCUGCAACGAGGGACUUAUUAAAAGUCAGCACGAAAGGUCAAAGCGUGUUAGUGCCUGAGGCAGCAAAAAACUCGACCCACAGUGGUGAGAAGCAUCCAGGGGAUGGAAGAAACAAUCGCCGAGUUACGACUCCAACUUGAAGAACAGAGGCAGGCGCGAGAAGAAGCGGAGCGCCGAGAAGAGGAAGAGAGAAAAGCGCGAGAAGAGGCAGAAGAGCAACUGCAACCCAAUACACUACUACGCCUCCUCGAUCGCUGCCACCAUUCUCUGUCUCAAGCGAUCAAAGUUGAGACGGAUGCGACCCUCACAACCCAGGGCGACGCGACCGACCCAGUAAACCGACUCUACCCCAAGCACAUCAUCCCUUGGCUUGGUUUUCCGGAACUACAGGAACAAGUCUGGGAGAAAUUCGACCGCACCGCUGCGUUUACCUCGCGCCCGCUAUUCCCUUCUGAUACCCAAAUCGAUUAUGUUGUUACGAAUAUCCAGAACGGAUCGAUCUAUUCAGAAGCGUCACUUCGGAAUUUUGAGCGAGACACGGUGGAUAACUUUGUCGAAAAGGUCAUUAACGCUUUGCGAGACGAUGAACCCCUUCGACAUGAGUUUGGAAUCCAAGGCCGAGUCACCUUCUACGAUCGCGCAAACCCAUCGGAAACCUUGCUGGAGAACAGCCUGGAGCAAAUGAACCUUCAGGACGCGCGGACACCCCAACGACCGGCGAACACUAGGCAUGGAGGGUGCAGAGGAGGGGGAAGAGGCGGGGGAAGAGGAGCGGCGCAGAGACAGAAGAGGGAUGGCACUGCACGAAGACGCAAUCGGCGUGCGGACCAGUUCUGCGUGCACCUAGUGGCUGAUGAACGACAAAUACCAGUGUAUGCAGUGGAGUUCAAAGCGCCGCACAAGGUGACAGUCCCCGAAUUAGUGUCGGGUCUACACCAGAUGGAUCUGGCUCGCGAUGUCAUCGACCAAGAAGGUGACACAUUUGAAUUUUAUGCCACCCGUCUUGUCGCCGCCGUGGUCACUCAAAUAUUCUCAUACAUGAUCGAUAGUGGAGUUCGAUACGGCUACAUCUGCACAGGGGAGGCCUUUGUUUUCCUGCAUAUCCCGGAAAAUGACCCCACGAUUGUUCAAUAUUUCUUGUGUAUCCCGAAUAAAGACGUGCGGCCGGACGAUGAAUUGCGCCUCCACCGGACCGCCAUCGGCCAGGUGCUUGCGUUCACCCUUCAAGCGCUGGCCGCAGAAACUCCCCGUCAAGAGUGGUACGACAUGGCACACAACAAGCUAACGACCUGGGAGGUUGAAUACCUCGACGUGUUGAAGGAAAUUCCUGAAACUCUACGUAAAGACCCGAGGUCCUCUAAUUAUCGGCCCUCGCAUUGGAAACGAGAUCGGAAAGUACACAACACACGCUCUCGCGCACGCUGUCAGCCAGAUUCAUCUACACCAAAGCACUCGUCGCCCGAAGGCAGUGACAGUGAUCAAGAAUCGCAAUCGCCAUCCGCCGCAGCAGCGUCGCGUAGCCGAUUAAGCCGCAGCCGAGGUAACAACCGUCAAUCAACGAAGGGAAGCGAAAGGGCACGAGCCGGCCGGGACAAAAAACAGACUUCUCAAAAAGACGGGCAUUCUACUCGACCAUACUGCACCAUUGCCUGCAUCCGUGGCAUGGUCAACCGUGAACCUCUGGAUAAAAAAUGCCCCAACUGGAAACUCCACGGUGGUCAGAGACAUUCUAUGGGACCGCAGGUGUUCACACGCCAGCUUCACCAUCAACUUGUCCGAAACCGAGACCUAGGCUUCGAGCAAUUGCACAUCUGUGGUCGGACAGGCUAUCUCAUGAAAGCUACCCUUCUAUCACACGGAUACACUGUGAUCAUUAAAGCUACCACAGUGGAGAAGGAGCAUCGCCUUCAAACGGAGGUGAACAAUUAUCGUUACCUCAGGAGCUUGCAAGGGCAUCAGAUUCCCGUCUAUCUUGGAGUCUUUCAGCCACGGGUCGCGUAUUGGUACCAUGGUGAAUUAAUGUCGCAGAUGAUGAUUCUGAGCUGGUCUGGAACGCGGCUUCAGCAUGUUAUCAACGAUGAGAAUUCUAGCUUCUUUUACCAAGAGCGCGACAAAGCUCUAGCCGUGCUCCGAUCGCACGGAGCUGUCCACAGCGACGGCGAGUGGCGCAAUAUGCUAUGGGAUGAUCUGGGUGGGCGUUUGAUUGUCAUUGACUUGGAGGACAUGAGAUGGUUGAAGCGUCCUCGAACUCUAGAACCAAUAUCUGGAAACAUGUGGCGUGCUCAUCGCGUUGGGACGGAGGAAAAGCAGGCAAAGCCUCCUGUCCAACUCAACUGUCUGCAUAUGACGGUCCACGAAUCCAUAGGUCGACUGCGUUAGGUGACUCGGUUUGUAUCUGCCCCACCAGGUCAUGGAGUUGAAGGGAAAUUUUUUAUUUUUCUUCCAUUUCGGCGCUACCACUGAAUGGGCCGCUGUGGGAUUAGCGCCUAAAACCCUUUGGAUCGGCCGGGGAGGACAAUAUCUACUAUAAUUUAACAAUCGCCAAGAUACUCUUAAAAACCGCGUCACUCAACUGACCAAGCACCCUCUGCCACUCCUGGCUAGUGAAAUUCCCUGUCCGCUCCUAGUCAGACCUAAAUUGACAAGAACUCUGUAGAAUGGUGGUAAAUUUUCCAGAGAUUUGACACUGAAGUGACUCAUGAUUGACUUUAUUUACAGCUCAAUGAUAAAAAUUGUAAUGUUCAAUAUUAUCUUCAAAUCAAGCAUUUCAAUCUAACUCUUUAAGUGUCUGUUAACUUGACUAUAUAUAAGUUAUCAGUAAUAAUGAAUGAAGCUCAUAAUCAUAUAUUAUGCAAUUAAAACACUGAAGAAGAGAGAUGUUAAUAAUCUCAAUCUUUCAGCAGAGUAGAAGAGAGA